UAUUUAAAACUCAUCGUAUUCAAUUAUUGGAGUAUAUUAAAAAUACCCCAUGUGACUGCAAAUAUUGGACUUGGAAAUAUAAAUUUGGAUUUCUUAUUGGAUAGAAUAACCAUAGGUGAUUUAGUAAAACAACAUUAUGAUAGAUUUAAAGAUUUAAAAUUUUUCGGAAUGUACAUAUUUCAUAAUCCAAUAUUGGUAAUCAACGAUCCGGACCUCAUUAAAUCAAUUUUAGUCAAAGAUUUUCAAUACUUUGCCGAUCGAGGAAUACAUUCGAAUUUAAAAGUUGAUCCGAUGUCAUUUAACUUAUUUAGACUACCUGGUGAGAGAUGGAAACAUUUAAGAACGAAAUUGACGCCCAUUUUUACAUCUGGAAAGUUAAAAAAAUUGUAUCCACUAUUGAUAGAAGUAUCAGACGAACUUAUUAAAAUUUGCGAUGAAUCUUUAAAACGCGAUAAUGUCAUGGAUGUUAAAGAUCUCAUCGAAAGAUUCAUAACUGAUUCUAUAUCUACCGUUGCAUUCGGAUUCAACUGUAACAGUUUAAAAAAUCCCAAGAAUGAAUUCCGUAAUUACGGUCAAUUAGGAACAGACAUGGGAAAGUAUACCGCCGUACUGAGCAUAUUUGGAUCGAAUAUUUUGGAUUUUUUUCACGUACCGGUAUUCAAAAAGAGUGUGAAUAAAUUCUUUAUCAAAACGUUCGAAGACGUCGUGAAUCACCGCCUGGAAGAAAAAGUUGACAGAAACGAUUUUAUCAAUCUAUUGAUGGAUCUCACAGAUUAUUCAAAAUUAAAUAACAAACUAAACAUCGAUGAAACUCAUGAUAUAAGCAGAAGCAAACUGAACAUGUUAGAAGCAGCAGCACAAGUUUUUGUUUUUUUCAUCGCUGGAUUUGAAACUACGUCAACUUCAUUGAUAUUUUGUCUGCAUGAAUUAGCUAAGCAUCCGGAAAUCCAAGAGAAAUUACAAGAGGAGAUAGAUCUGAUUGCUGUGACCCCGGGAGGCUUCAAUUAUGAUAACGUAAUGAGCAUGAAGUACCUCGACAUGGUGUUUUCUGAGGUUUUGCGGAAACAUCCAGCAGUGCCUUUUAUAAACCGUCUUUGCACUAAAGAUUACAUUAUUCCUGAAACAAAUAUUUGCAUACCCAAAGGAAUGAGACUAGCGAUUUCAGUGUCUGGAAUUCAAAACGAUCCAAAAAUUUAUCCAGACCCAAAGAAUUUUGACCCACAACGUUUCACAAAAGAGAAUUGUGCUAAGCGAAACUCGUACUUUUUUUUACCAUUUGGUGAAGGACCAAGAAUUUGUAUAGGUAAACGUGUCGCUUUGAUGCAAGGAAAAGUAGCUCUUGUCACUCUUCUGUCCAAGUACACAUUUAGACUCUGCGACAAGACACUGAUACCUUUACCUUACAGUAAUCGUACAUUUCUACAAGUUACUGAUGAAUUCUUGUACUUGGAUGUCAGUCGACGGUAA